UCUAAUUGGUAGAACAAAACAGAUACAUAUAUUCUACCAAUUGCAAAUCAAAACGCGCUGUGGCGAGUUCAUUUACUUGAGUCAAAACAGACAAGUUUUCAGUGCUUAAAGUUGGUUCAAGUUCUGGUAGGACAACAGCAAACAGCAAUAUUUGUUGUUACUGUCGUUAGUGUAUUGAGUGUCGAAUUCCAAGGAUUGUUAACAGCAUUAAAUGUAUUUGCUAUAAUACCAAAAUGGCCGGUGAUAAAGUGAUUGGGGAUCCAUCGUAUAUGAGUGAAGAAAAAGUACGCCAAAUUAGUGCUUGUAAUGUAAAUUUGUAUCCGGAGGACGAGCUUCUUGAGUCUGUCGAAUAUAUCCCCUGUCCUGAAUUUCAAUUUUCAACAGUGGCUUGUUGUUUCUGCAAUGGAUAUUAUGGGCCAUCAUUUGGAGAACCUGUUUGUCCAACGUGUCAUACGUUUCUAUUUCCUAAUGAAAUUGGUCUUCUACCAGUUUCAAUCUUCAGUGAAAAAACAGAUGACGAAGACUCAGGAAAUGAUGAGCCAAAUGAAUUAUUCUACAAUCAUGAAAGAAGAGCUAGUCAGCAGCACCAAAAUUCACCACAAAAUCCAAUUUCAAAUGUAUCAAACGUAUCAAAUAUCUCUAAUCCUAAUUCUCAUAUAUCUCCGCGUAUUCACUUGCAAAACGAAAAUAUUUCAGCUAUACAAAAUUAUCAAAGAGUUUAUUGCGGUAUAAAUAUAAGCAAUUCUAAAAGUACAGCAGUCUUGUCUCAAAAUGUGCAUCAUCUUCAUGAUGCGCAUUCUAAUAAAAUCCAAGACAUAGUUAAUAGGAAUGAUGAAACUCGGUCUCAAAACCGAAAUGAACAAAUUUUAACUGUAAAUUUCCAAAAUGUGGUGGAAGAAGAUGUACACAGUGUAAUAUCGCAGGCUCAAGAAUUAGAAAAUUACCAACAGUGCCAGUGGAAUUACAAAGUACGGGACGAUAUAGGAGAAUCUUCACAAUCGCAUAACUUAUCCAAACGAUUGGAGAUGUUAACCAAUUAUAAACACAUUGAACAUGAACCUAUCAACGAGCCAGGGCUAGUGGAACGGUUACCUCCGGAAGUGUUAUUAGUUAUCUUCUCGCAUUUGGACGACGUCAGUCUUUGGUCAGCAGCAAACGUUUGUCGUAGAUGGUACGGUUUGUUAUCAACGCAUAUAACACCUCAGCAAUGGCAACAAAAUGUUAAGUUACGGUGGCCGUUAUACAAGCCCAUUGGAUCUGUUAAAAAUUGGUAUAAAGUGUACGAUUUCUUAGCUUCCUCUGCACCUUGUAGAACAUGUUUAGCACAAACAUGUUUAAGAUCACGACCAUUAAGAAUGGAAGAAAAUUCAUGGAGAAGGAAUCGAUUACACAGUGAACUUAAGAGCUUAAGAAUAGAUCCUCCUGAAGGUAUCCAAGCAACACCUUUAGACCAAAUGUGCUGUCAUUGGCAAGCAACUAUAACUGGACCCGUGGGAAGCCCGUAUGAAGGAGGCUUAUUUUAUCUUUAUUUACAAGUACCAUGGAGUUAUCCUCUGUAUCCACCAAUAGUAAGAUUUUUAACGAAAAUACUUCAUCCAAAUGUGUCUAGACAUGGUGAUGUUGGUAUAGACUCUAUUCAUCAUAACUGGUCUUUAGCACUAACAAUAUCAAAGGUUUUAAUCAGCGUUCAAAGCUUGCUUACGGAUCCAUAUUGUCAGGUUUGCAUGGAACCAGAAUUGGGUCAGAUGUAUUUGAACGACCGUGAAAGAUUUGAUGAAAUUGCCAGGACAUGGACAUGGCGAUACGCUAUGCAUGAUGUUGUAACACCACUAUAAAGAUAUCAUCAAUAAAUUAUUUGCUAAAUAAACUGGUAUUAUAUAAUUGCUGUUUUUUAAGUUCAAGCCAACCAGAUUAAAUAGUUUGAAGGGUUUGCAGCGAUAAAUUAAUUAAUUCAUGCA